AUGGCUGGUGCGAAGGAAACCUCUAAUACACCUCAGCGAGGGAGAAGAGCCUCCAAAGGUUGUCGUACUACAGGCCCUGUUGCCGCCGGCGGCAAUAACGGUCUUGCUGGAAAGGAGAAUACCUUGCCUCAUAAUAAUACUGGCAAACGAUCCCAGAAAGGCAAGAGCAGGGGACGGGGACGUGACAAUAUCGUUCGUCCAGAGCCUGCAGACCGCGAUAGUCGUGCCGGGAAGACAUCGCGGAGUGGCUAUAGGCCUUUACCUGGUACUUCCAGGGUAAGCUCAUCGGAAGCUCCAGCGAGCGAUGAGCUGUCAGCAGCCCAGAUGCAAGUAUUUCUUGAAGCUGGCCUGGCUAUGAUCGACGAGUCACCGGACACGAGAAGAACAUUCAUCGAAAGCCUGGCUACCGAGUCUGGUCUUCGCAAAGUCCGACAGAUAGUGGAGACUGACUUCGCAAUAUCCUAUAGCGUUUUGAAGCCUAUGUUUGAUCCACACUGUAUAUUGUUCUUUCAACUGGUCUCUCACAAUGAGGUGCUAUCUUCACUUAUACUUGAGAAGGCCGUGGGGACAAUCUACAACGUCAUAUACGGCCCCGGUGGUCGAAGGGCAAUUGGGUUCUUCACAAAAGUGACAGACUACCUCACCCAGUUCAAAAGUGAUGGCAGAAGUCCAGCUGUUGUCAAACAUGUCGCCACGCCAAGUGAGGUGUUGUCUCUGGUUUCGAGAGUGCUUCUUGGUACUUUAACUUUGAAUCAUGAGGCUGCAAUACAGGUAGACCUCAAGAAGAUUGCCGACAAGCUUUACGACUGCUGUCAUGCCGACAACGCCGACGCUAGGGCUGGCGAUGACAACCUGCAGCUGGCAUACGAGAAUAUACUCAAGAUUCAAGAAAUCUUUUCUAUGGGGGACUCGAUCCCUAUGUCACAGAAGCCCGAUCAAGUGCAAAAAAUCAAAUCCAAUCAGCAAGACAGCACGAGGUAUAUAGUUGACCUACCCGGCGAAUUGUCUGACCACGGCCCUCGCCAUGAUAAUGACAAAACGGCAAUCUCGGAUAUUCAGAUCUUGCCUACAAAAUCAGAGAUACUGAAUGCUGAUCGACCUGAAUUCCUCCCCGCACGAUGCGCUACCGGCUCCGCCAAUAUGCAUCACGAGUGGGGCAUCCGUCGACUUCUCGAUAGUCAAUUCCGCCUUCUACGAGAAGACACUUCUGGUGUGCUUCGCGAAGGCAUAAGAUUAAUAAUACAUGCAUGGGAACUAAUUGUCCACGGAACAGACUGGCGGCUAAAGCGCAAGUUUCUUCGUGACAAAAUGCCAACUCCGGUCCGGGUUUAUUCAGGAGUCGAAAUCCGACAAAUAAAGUCAGAGCAAUUCAAAGGGAUAGAAGUAAACUUGGAAUUUGAUCAGCUUCCUAGACUGAAGAAUGUAAGUCCGGCAAAACGAAAACAAUGGUGGUUUGACUCAAAGGCCUUGAAAAAGGGUCCAACCCUGUUGGCCUUGUUAGACGCAGAAGAUGUGGAUGACACAUCUGCAAUCUACCUUCUUGUCUCAAAGAGGGAGACCAGCUAUAUACUGUCUAUGUCUCUUUCCCACGAUCCUAGGAUGCUCUCUGCAGACCUCUCCAGGGCAACUGAUUUAGACGAAGGCCAGGCAAAUGCGUUUAUUUGGGCACUACGACGAAAGAUAGCAUUGAUUCAAGGCCCCCCGGGGACUGGAAAAUCAUACGUAGGGCUACAGCUAGCUCGAUGUUUGCUGCACAACAAGGAUGUGCUGGACCUGGGCCCGAUACUAUGUGUAUGCUACACAGCCCACGCACUUGAUCAAUUUCUUGAUGGUCUUCUUAGAUCGAGUGUUACCAAUAUUAUCAGGAUUGGCCCUCGUAGUGCCUCUCCACACAUUGAAAGGCUCUCACUUGACAUGAGAAAGCAAGAGCCAGGGCCUCGAAUCAAAGGCCUUCCUAGGCUAAAGGAUGAAUCACGAGUGAAGUUACUCAGCAUAAGUUCAAGGAUUGACGAGCUCCUGAAGCAGGCCCAGAGUGGUUGUCACACCAAUAUUGAGCGCUCCAUUGACCGACUACUUCAGGAGGACGUCUGGACGCUCAAGGCCUCUGAGCGGACUCGUCUCCUUAAUUACUGGCAGGAGGCAGCUCUCGCAGAGAUCAGUCAACAGGUAUUGACACUUCUGGAAGCUCAUUCAGCAGAAAAAGAGCGAUAUACUUCAGCGUUCAGCUUGUCGGAUGUGCAACGCCUGAACAACUGCCAGGUUGUAGGGGUAACCACUACCCAACUAGCAAACAAUGCUGAGUUACUUCGAAACCUUAAUGCAAAGGUGCUCAUAUGUGAAGAGGCAGCAGAGGUUCUGGAGUCGCAUGUUCUCACUGCACUGAUACCCUCGAUCCAGCAUGCGAUUCUGAUAGGAGAUCACUUGCAGCUACGUCCACGCAUCUCUAACCUUAGGUUGUCCAUGGACUAUGAACGGGAGAACCCCAAGUACAACCUCGAUGAGUCACUAUUUGAGCGACUAGCGAACUUCCGCUUCGGAGAAUCAACAUCUAGUGGUACGGGUGGACAGAAUCAGCAGGAAUAUAGCUUCCCUGUGAUGCAGUUGAGCCACCAACGGCGGAUGCACCCAUCCAUUUCCGAACUGGUACGCGAGACUUUAUAUCCAAAGCUCCAAGAUCAUCCUACAAUGACCUCAUAUCCCCUUGUACCUGGUAUUGCUCGCAGGUUAUUUUGGCUCGACCAUUGUAAUGUGGAAGAUCCAACUGACCCUACAGAGCCAAUGCAAAGCAAGACAAAUACGUGGGAGAUUGGGAUGGUAACCGCAUUGGUGCGGCAUCUCUGUCAACAAGGCAAGUAUGGGCCGGGCGAAAUUGCUGUAUUGACGCCAUAUGUUGGACAAUUAAGGAUGCUCAGGAAUAGGGCUCCACAGAAGGGAAGCCUGCUAGAUGCCAUUCGAUUGGCUACGGUCGACAAUUUCCAGGGCGAAGAAGCCAGUGUCGUUAUUGUCUCCCUCGUUCGCAGCAACAGACCCAGAAAUUUUGUUAGUAGUACUCGAUGGAUGAUGGAUGAUGCUGACUGUAUUUCCAGUCGCGCCAAACAUGGCAUGUAUAUAAUUGGCGAUGCAAGUACGGCAUCAACCGCACCCAUGUGGUCAUCCGUUAUUCACCUGCUGGAAAAAGGCGCCAAUAUUGGCCCGAAACUUGAGUUACGUUGCGAUCGUCACCCCUCAAACGGGUUUUACGUUAAUUGCCCAAAUGACUUCACCAUACACGCCCCUGAAGGCGGGUGUGCGGAGAAAUGCGGACUAAGGCUAGACUGCGGGCAUACCUGUCCUGUGAAGUGUCACUCGGAAAGACAACACAAAGCGGUCAAAUGCAUGGAGCUGUGCACUCGGAUGAAAAGCUGCGGCCAUGCAUGUCCAAAGAAAUGCCAUGAACAAUCCCAAUGCCUUGCGGACAUACCUGUCGGCGGCUAUGCUGGCAGUGUAGAUACACAAAGGGCGAUUCCUACCACAUCGAUCAUGGCCAUUGCCGAAGCCCAUGCGGCCGGGGAUUCUCAGCUUGCUCGCACAGCUGUGGCCAAGCAUGUCAUCAGGCCGUUGUGCAAAGACUUGCAGCGAAUCGUGCCCUCCAUGCGCAGAGACAUGCGGAUGGGGCUCAACAUCCCUUGCGACUUGCGAUGCAAGAAGAAACUCACAAGUUGUGGACAUCAAUGCCCUGGUCUCUGUGGGGAACGAUGUCCAGACUCUCGCUUAUGUCGCAUAUGCGGCGGACCAGAUAUUCUGGAGCAGAAUGUUGAUCUUAUAGAGCUCAAGCCAUACAAGGACAUCAAUGUCGACGAAGAUCCAUUGGUAUUCCUCUCCUGUGGUCAUUUCUACACAGCCUCAUCACUGGACGGCAUUAUGGGGAUGUCUGAGCACUAUGAAGUAGAACCAUCUACAGGCAGGAUACUUGGUCCGAAACUUAACCACCGAUUAUUUGAUUCUGGGCGUCCGAAAGGGUGUCCUCAAUGCCGUGCACCACUCCGCGAUAUUGACCGCUAUAACAGAAUUAUCAAACAAGCAUUCCUCGAUGAAGCAACGAAGAAGUUUGCCACUCAUGCAAGCAUUAAGUUUGGUCACCUGGUGGAAGAGGUUGAGGGCUACGAGAAAGAUAUCAUAGGCGAAAAAUCGAAAUUUGUCUCUGACUGGUACCAGGAGACUGUAGAGACAAGGAGUGCCGAUGACGUCAGGCGCUCGGUUGAUGUCUACCGCGGACGGGGAAACAGAAUUCUGAACAAAAUCAAAGAAUUUACUAAAUCUGUGGCAAAAUCCGAGCAGCCAUUUGGGAGGGUCAGUGAGAUGCUCGCGUCGGUAGCAGCGAGAAAGGCUGGCACGUCUGCGACACCCUUCCAAUACAAUGAGUCGGAUAUACAAACAGGGUUUCAAUCACGCGGCCAUGUUCUUGCUCUUCGACUCACCUGGGUUCUUUUCUGGAACUAUGACAGCAUCUACAGCAACAAGAGAAUUGACCCACGCAUAAAGGUGACUCUGGCCCAAGUGGUAGCAAAACAGAUUGGUGGUCUACUGAGCCAAUGCGAAGCUCUAACAAAGUAUUGCCAGGAGGCUAAAUUUCUGCAGCAGGAGGUGGAAACCCGAACAUAUCAUGUCCUGUUCUCGGUGCUGUCCCUCAGCAAUGGGGAAGCACGCGGUAACCCUGUCAGUGGAACCACCGAAGCCAAGAUCCGGGAAAAGGCACUGAAAGAACUCGAAGCCUGCGAUGCGAUAUGUUUGCGCCAUUCAAAGAUACUGUGGUCUCUGCAUGAAGAUAUCGACAAAGCAAGAAGACUGGUCAAUGGUGGAACCUUCUACAGCUGCGUCACCAGCGAAGAAAGACGGCAGGUCUACCAGGCCAUGGCGGCACAAUUCAAUGGUACAGGCCACUGGUAUUAUUGUGAGAACAACCAUCCGUUUGCGGUGGGGGAAUGUGGGAUGCCGAUGGAGGAAAGUCGCUGUCCGCAGUGUGAGGCGCCAGUGGGCGGGCUCAAUCAUGAGUUUGCUCAAGGGAUCCGCAGAGCAGAUGACAUGGAUGUGGAGUUUGGCGGUUCACUUUCUCUUGAGGCGCACACAGACUUAUAA